UCACUGGCUCUCUCCACGAGCUGAAGCAGAAGCAGUUGCUUCAGCAGCAGCCCAAGUCUCUCCGUUUUCUGCUAACCUGACCAGCCCAGGAUGCAGCUCCUCUGUGACAUCACGGCCAGAUGUUUGGCAAAGCCACACCCCCUGGGGGUCUGAAGCAAUCCACGGUGCAAUAACGGGUCGGCUCAGUUCUGCCGUCAGAGUGUGAUGGAGAGGUUGGAGAAAUUGCAGGUUUGUUAUUGUGGACAGCCGGCGUCGUCGUCGUCAAUUCUCUUUCAAGCAAACAGCUGUUCUGGAUGGGGUUUGUUUUGCUUCUCGCUUUCUCUGGAUGCCUUUUUUCUUGAGCAAGAAAGAAACUGGGUGUGACCACCACACACAAAAAAAACACCUACUUUUUUGGGAGCUGAGAAACCAGCUAUCAUCAGUUCUUCAAAAAGGUGCACAUGUGUGGGAGCUUUCCGGUAUAUCUGUUUCCCACUGAACAGGAAAGGAAAUCUUAACAUUGAUUUAUACACCUAAGGGAGGUGUGGAAAAUGGCAACUGCUGCCUACUCUGCCGCCGAGUGCCUUGUUUUUAUGUCCAAUUGUGCUAUAAUACAUAACCCUGUAGGGGAACCAUCUGCGCACCCCAUUGGGAGAGGUUCCGCUCUGGCUGUCUCAAACCGGGAGGAGAAACAUGAAGUGAAAGAGGUCGGCAGAGACGGUGGAGGUGGGUCUUCUGUCUACGUGGUGGCCAGCAUUUUAGCUGGCCUCAACGAGCAUGUUCCAAAACCUUCCUCAAUGCAGGUGGAAAAAACAGAGAGUGUCAACCGAGGAGAGACACAACACCCUCCCCUGCCUCAUGAAGAUUUUGGGGAAGAAAGUAUCUUGCCGGCCGGCAAGCGUGGAGGAGGCAAAGCAGCCACACCUACCAGCCUGGCAGCUAUGAGCGAACCAAGCCCCAAACAAAGGAACAGGAGAGGAAGAUGCCUGCCUGACCCUGAAUUACCUCUGAAAAAGCAUAAAUGCCACUAUGUGGGGUGCGAAAAGAUAUACGGCAAAUCUUCCCACCUGAAAGCUCACCUAAGGACCCAUACAGGUGAGAGGCCUUUUGAAUGCCGCUGGGAAGAAUGCAACAAGAAGUUUGCCCGUUCGGAUGAGCUGGCGCGCCACUACCGCACUCACACGGGGGAGAAAAAGUUUGGCUGCCCACUGUGCGAGAAGCGCUUCAUGCGCAGUGACCAUCUGACGAAGCAUGCUCGACGGCACACCAAUUUCCACCCAAGCAUGCUCAAGCGGAGGAGUGGAAGCAGCUCCAGGACGGGUUCUGUGAGUGACUACAGCCGUUCAGAUGCAUCUAGUCCCACUAUCAGCCCUGCCAGCUCCCCUUAAAUCUGCCUGCACUGGAGGCCAGCACUUUGCUCCCAUCAAUGUAUACCUGUAUCUGUAAUUUGGAGUUUUUUGCAUUGCACACUUUGCUUUUUUUAAAAAAAAUUUUUUUAAGGAAAACAAAAAAACUAUGUAGCCCUUUGUCUCCCUGUAUCUGGACAGCAGAAAAUGUUUUGGCACAGCUGAACUAAGCUCCUACAAUGUACUCACAUUGAAUGGCCAGCAAUUUAUUCUUGAUCAAGAUUUUCUGUUGUUGUUCCUCAAAGCCUUAAGAUGAUGUUUUUCUUAGUAAUUUCGAGAUAUAUCUGUCUAUCUAUUUUUUAAAAGACUUCUGCUCAGGUCUCAAAUUGACUUUUGUAGAAAGAGAUUGCAAAACAGGAAUGCCUGGGCAGCUGAUUCCACCGGGUCGGAAUUCAUUUUUCUGCCACCUCUUCUCAUCUUUCUCAGGGAUAUGUAUUUAUGUAACACAGUGAGUACCAUGAAGACACACCCUCCUGCAGCUUCACUCGGUAAACACGUUUGCACUCAGAGCCGCAUCGAGAAGGAAACCAAGGUUGGACUUUGUGCUCAGAUACUUUGGUUUCACGGUUGGGGAAACAGGACCGUAUAUGGCGUGUCCUUCACUAGUUCAUUGAGUUGCUUUUAUUGUUUUUCCCCCCUUCGUGUCGCUUCAUACUGAGAUGAUUCUGUCACCACCAGCUUCCUGUUGCAAAAAGUUUUUGUACAGAUUUUGAUACUUUUUUUAAA